CGGAUUAGAUUUGUAGACAGUUAGAAAAAAAAAAAAUGCUUUGGCUUUAGCUGAUUUUGAUCUUAUCAUGACACUGAAAAGAACCGUGCUGCUGACUCCGCCUCCACUUCCCUUUCCUUCCCACAUUUGACAUUUCCUCCCUAACUAAACAGAGAAAAACAAAACCAAACCAAACAUAUAAACCUCAACACCUCAAGGUCUUCACUUCACUUUCUCUCUAGGGUUUUACGCUUUUCUUUUCCUUCCUCUUCCUCCAUGGCUUCCUCUAUCUUAACUUCCUCCAAAAUUUCUCCUUUCCCUCCUCCCUCCUUCCUCAAAUCCUCCCUUUUUCUUCCCUCCACUUCUCUUCACUUCCCUUCUUCCAACCCACAUAUCACUUUCCCUCCAUUUCCUUCCAAAUCAUUAGCCAAAUACCUCCUCAUUUCCAGUUCUUUAAACCCUCACCCUUCUUCCUCCCAUCGCCGCCCACCUUAUAUUCCCAACCAUAUUCCCGACCCCAACUAUGUCCGCAUCUUCGACACCACCCUCCGCGACGGCGAACAAUCCCCCGGCGCCACCAUGACUUCCAAGGAAAAACUUGACGUUGCUCGCCAACUGGCCAAGCUCGGCGUGGAUAUAAUAGAAGCUGGGUUUCCAGCUGCCUCGAAAGACGAUUUUGAAGCUGUUAAAACUAUUGCUAAAGAGGUUGGGAAUGCGGUGGAUGAGAAUGGGUAUGUGCCUGUUAUUUGUGGACUUUCUAGGUGUAAUGAGAAGGAUAUUAAGUCGGCUUGGGAGGCGGUUAAGUAUGCGAAAAGGCCUAGGAUUCAUACGUUUAUCGCCACCAGUGGGAUUCAUUUGGAGUAUAAGUUGAAGAAGACUAAAGAAGAGGUUUUGGAUAUUGCUAGGAAUAUGGUUCGGUUUGCUAGGAGUUUGGGUUGUAAUGAUGUCGAGUUUAGCCCCGAAGAUGCCGGCAGGUCUGACAGAGAGUUUUUAUAUGAGAUUUUGGGUGAAGUGAUCAAAGCUGGAGCUACAACUCUCAACAUACCUGAUACUGUUGGCAUAAAUAUGCCUGGCGAGUUUGGGCAAUUAAUUGCUGAUAUAAAAGCCAAUACCCCUGGAGUUGAGAAUGUUAUUAUUUCAACGCACUGCCAAAACGAUCUUGGGCUUUCUACUGCCAACACUAUAGCGGGAGCAUGUGCAGGUGCAAGGCAAGUGGAAGUAACAAUCAAUGGCAUUGGGGAAAGAGCUGGAAAUGCUUCGUUGGAGGAGGUUGUCAUGGCCUUAAAAUGUCGGGGUGAACAUGUGUUAGGUGGUCUUUAUACAGGAAUCAAUACCCGACACAUUGUGAUGGCAAGCAAAAUGGUAGAAGAGUAUACUGGGUUACACGUGCAGCCACAUAAGGCUAUCGUUGGAGCCAAUGCUUUUGCUCAUGAAAGUGGUAUCCACCAGGAUGGAAUGCUAAAGCACAAAGGUACAUAUGAAAUUAUAUCUCCUGAAGAUAUUGGGCUUGAACGGUCCAAUGAAGCUGGUAUUGUCCUUGGAAAACUUAGUGGACGUCAUGCUUUGAGAGACCGAUUGAAAGAGCUUGGUUAUGAGCUUGAUGAUGAAAAGCUUGGGAACAUAUUCUGGUGCUUCAAAGCGGUAGCUGAACAAAAGAAGAGAGUCACUGACGCUGAUCUAAUAGCAUUGGUUUCGGAUGAAGUUUUUCAACCAGAAGCCGUUUGGAAGCUUCAUGAUCUGCAGGUUACUUGUGGAACCCUUGGUCUUUCUACUGCAACAGUUAAACUCAUUGGUGCUGAUGGGAGGGAGCAUGUUGCUUGCUCGGUUGGAACUGGCCCAGUAGAUUCAGCUUAUAAAGCUAUUGAUCUCAUUAUAAAGGAACCAGUUACACUUCUCGAGUACUCCAUGAAUGCUGUUACAGAAGGCAUUGAUGCUAUAGCAACUACCCGUGUUCUAAUUCGUGCAGAGACAAGUCACAUAUCUACUCAUGCUUUGACUGGUGAAGAAAUUCAUCGAACAUUUAGUGGAACUGGGGCAGCAAUGGAUAUCGUCGUUUCCAGUGUCAAGGCUUAUAUCGGAGCAUUAAAUAAGAUGUUGGGUUUCAAGGAGCAAUAUCCAACAAAGGAUUCUAUAAAAAGAGCUCCAGUUUCUGCGUAACAAGCAGCUUAUCAUACAGUUCUCCGUCGCAUACAAACAUUAGCAGUCAGGCACAUGCACCUCCUCCUAGCUACUUUGUUCGACUAGAAAAUACUGACGAUUUGUAUUUGAAGAAAAGAACAAGGAUGCGUCGGUGGUUUUGCUGUUCCUGUCAGGUAGAGGAGAAUUAUCAACCACAUGAAAAUGAGCACUUGAAGAGCCCAAAGCAUCAAACAGAUGG